UAUUUAAUUUUUUAUCUAAACCUCAUUGCAGCAGCAAAAUGGAUCUUAAAGUUUUAGGGCUUUUAAUUGCCCUAAGUUGCAUUUCAACAUGUUUUGGGUAUCGAGACUGUAAUGUGAAUAACUUCAGAGUCAUGCAAGAUUUUGACAGAUUUCGGUAUGCUGGAACAUGGUAUGCUGUAGCCAAGAAGGAUCCAGAAGGACUUUUCCUCAUUGACAACAUUGUAGCUAAAUUUUCAGUUGAAGACGAUGGAAAAAUGACAGCAACAGCUGAGGGAAGAGUCAAGCUUUUUGGGGACAUGAAUAUUUGUGCAAAUAUGGUGGGCACUUUUGAAGAUACAGAUGAUCCUGCCAAAUUCAAGAUGAAGUACCAUGGUCUUCUAGCAUAUCUUGAAAGAGGACGUGAUGACCAUUGGGUUGUGGACACGGAUUACACCACCUAUGCAAUCCAUUACUGCUGCCGUAAACAAAACGAGGAUGGCACCUGUCAGGACAGUUAUUCAUUUGUGUUCUCCAGGGAUCCAAGUGGACUUACUCCAGAGGCACAGAGAAUAGUAAGGAAAAAACAGGAAGAGAUUUGCUUGGAAAGGCAGUACAGAGUGGUUCAGCAUUACGGUUUUUGCAACUAAUUCCACGGAACGGAGUAACAUUUGCAAGAAUUUCUAGUUUACAACAUCUAAUUAUAUUCAACAUCUUUUAUGCUUAUGUUAUGCUGAUUUAAGAUUAAUAACCAUGGAUUUGUGGCAAUGUAUUAAAAGAUUAAAAGUACCAAUGUACAUAUUUUAUACUGUGUUUAAUUAAAUGAUGUUUAUAGCACUUCAGCCUUUAAUAGCUUGAUACAAUGUUCAUUUCUUAAUUGAUUCAUGUUUCCAGAGGUAAAGAAAAAUAAAUAUUCUUUCUACUGUACAAAAACA